AUGAUGUUCUGCAGUGCUGCUCGCUGAAGGAGGCUGCCAGCUGCUGUUUACCUCCAGAACCAGAGCAGGAAAGAGCUGCGUCAUUCAGCCUCGACUGGAGUUGGAUGUGCACUCCUCCAUCAUGCUCAGCUCUCUGUUUGUCUGUGGAGUUCUAGGAGUGCUGCUGGUCCUGGUCCCGGCUCAGUCCGAGCGGAUCUCCGUCUGCACUGAGGAUGACAACGACCUGAGAGUGGACUGUCGGAUCGAGCCCAAGCCCAACAAAAUCACCAGCUACGAGUUUUCCUGGUCAUCAGGAACCAAGGAGGCCAUCAUUAACACGAAUGUGUCCGGUUCAGCUGCACAGGCGCAGUUCAGAGACAAGAGUCAGGUGGUGGAGCUGGACCCUCACGGCUACAGAAUGAGCCUGACGGGCUUCACGGACCAGCUCCCACACAACACCACCUACAUGUGCAAAAUAUCUGGGCAGAUUGAAAGUGUCACUGUGGAGAGAGAUCGACUCCUACCAUGUUCGGCUGUGAGCUUGUUUCUGAAGAACUCCUGGUCCUGGAUCGCUUGUCUGCUUCUCUGCCACACACACAGCUGAGCACACCUGUGCACACCUGUCGUCAUACGCAAACAUCUACAAAAAGCUUUCAGUUUAUCUGCCAUUAUUAUGUUCUCUAACAGUAUUAAAUAACUAAUAAUUGAAGGGAAGAAAAGUGUAAAAGGCUUUUUGCUUUGCAGCUGCACAUGAUCGACGUGGUUUCAUGUAAAAGGGAAACACUUAAACACUGUGUUUGGACAAUGGUUUUCAAUAAAGGGAUGCUUUCAAAA